GACCAAAUAUUCAAAUAAAACCAAAACAUAAAAAUUGACUAAAUCCUCAGCACUAGAUUUCAAUUCUCAAAAAAAUGGCGAGUGAAAGAGAGACCUGAGCUCCAGGAAAUCGUCCAGAACAAGAGGAUCUUCCACCGAUGGAUUUUCCAUGAAUCCUCAAAACAUCAGAAAUUUCAGUAAUACUUGGGAAAAAAAAUUGACGCACCAGAUGAAACAGUGAAAAGGGUUGAAAGAUUGAAAAAUGACGAUUGGGAGAGGUGAAUUGUCGGCAAGCUUGUAGAAGUACUAUAAAAGCGUGAUGAGGAUAGUGUCACAGGGAGACGAGUACUACAAGUACCGUGACAUUAAUGUCUAUGACAGUGCGGGUGAAUUAGAAUUUUUUUGUAAAUAUAGGUGGCACAUAGAGAAAGUGCUCUGGUGGCGGCUGUUGUGAUGUUAGUGAACUGUCGAAAUAUAAACCGGUGUCGAUUACGCCAACUUUUGUUGUGAUUUUGCUGUGAUUAACCAGUAAACACCAGUUAAAUCAACCCCAGAAAAUCACCCUGAAGUUACCACUGGUAUUUCCAUUCAUUCAGCCACUGCCCCACGAAAUUUCACCCUCGGAAUAAUGCUAUUAACUAUUUAUCUUAGAGGUUAACCAUUCGCUCGAGAGUGAUCGAUUCGAAACACACGUCAGGGUUCAGAAAAAAAAAAUAAAGGCCUUUUGGAAUGAAAAAAUCUUUUUGGCCACGAACUUUGGGGGCUGACAGGUGCCAACAAUUUGGCAGUGACUUUUUGGAGUGGUUUUUGUAGAUUAUGUGGCUCGUGUCAGACUGGGUGAAACAGUCCUGACGGUGACAGGGAACUUUCUUUUUUGGAAAUUGUGGAGAGGAAUGAAUUUGGAUCUCAGGAGGACCUUUGGAGGACUGUGGAUUCUGGUGGUUUGGAUGUGAAUUUUUGAGGUUUUUCAAGGGACAGAACAUGCUGAAGUUUUUAACGCACAAAUUGAGGACUCACUCACUUAACGAGGAUCCAAAUCAAGAUAAGGCGGAUGACAAUCACGAUUCGGGAACCGAAUCAGAUGAUGAGUUCCAGGAUGGCAGUGUCACUGGGAACGAGCCCUCAAGUGCCAUGGGAAGUCCAGCAAGUCCUCCAGCUGCUGACAGUGGGGACGGUAAUUUCGUGGGUUCACCAACGACAUUCAGUUUUCUCCAGCGAAAUUCAAGCGAGGAGUUGACUGAUAAUUCCGAACCCCGACUGCAUCCUGGAUCCCUGCCAUCCUCGAGACUCCAGGGAUGCAAGUCCCGGGAAUCUAGUCUGCUCUCUCUGAAUUACAACGACCAGCACAGCUCCGAGGAGGAGCUCGAGGUGAUAAACAGUCCAAAGUCGACAGUAUCCCAGGGUGGCAGACCAGCGACAGCUCCUGAGAAACGUAAAUGGUCACAGGUCAGCAACAACAGUGUCCAGGGCCAUUGUCCGGGUCAGCAGUCCAAUCAGUCCGAGAAAUCCAAGUCCCAGCAAGCCCUCGGUCUCGAUGUACCUGCUAUUGUCUCCACUUCCUCGGCUCCAGUCAGCAGAGCUGGAAUGGAACCAACUGGUUCAGGCUCCAGCGACGAAGAGGUACAAGGCUUGUUGGGAAGCAGCAGAAGCAAUGGGAGUAUAAUCUCACAGCCAGUGCAAUUCCGCACAUCACCGCCAAUCGAUGCUCACAAGCCUGGGAGAUCAUUAUCACCACCACCGAAGCUCUUUCAUGCAUCAACGAGGGAUCCACGACCGCCACCACGGCCUCGUUCACGGCCCAGGCAUCAUCCCCACCUGUAUCAUCACUAUUACCAUCAUCAUUAUCAAAUCGAAACUGAUGUCGACUCGUUGAGUGCCUGCAGUCCACGGAAACGUCAUCGACCACCACACCGUCAGCCCAGGCCGUGUCUCGAUUUUGAGAAAAUGCAACAGUUGAAGGCUCGUGCUGUGACGACCUGGAGGCAUGGAGGCGAUCACGGAAACGAGGUUUCGGUGUUCUGCUGGUGAGAAUGGUGAACCGUGAACUGGAGAUCUUUGCAGAUCACCGGGGAUCGGUUAUGGAUUAUCUCCCUCGUUCCACUGGACUUGAAAAUCCGCUCAAGUGAAGAGUAAAUAAAGAGGGGAAGUCCCUUUUGUUCCGAGAAUUGUUCGUUAUUCGAGUGACAACAAUUGAAUUUUGUCUUUCGUGAGUUGUGAUUGUUAGACAGAAAAUACCAAUUUCACGAGCAUUCACUCGGGGGAAUAGAAAUAACGAAAAAUAAUACCUGUAAAUAUCACAAUAAUAGUGUAAACUGCUGUGGUAACACGCAAUCACGACAAAUUGGAAAGUAAAAAUCCUCUAGACAUGUCGGAUCUUCUGUAUAUACAUGCAUAUAUAUUAUCUGUGCCCUGUAUUAUUACUGUUUAUGCGCCCGGACUAAUGAAGGAAAGACGUGAGUGGCAUCAAUCCGAAUGAAAAUAUUUAUGAUACGUUUUUUUUACGAAACUGAGAAGAUGACGCUUAUAAAAUGGCUCUUCAUUCCGUGCGAUGAGUUUCGAGUUCUCUAGGAUGAAAUAUCAUGUUCAGAUAGUGUUGCCAACUGGAAAAUUCUAGCUCGUCACCAAAUUAAAGGGUCGACCGUGAAAACAGUCAAAUCCUAGAAUAAAUAAACAAUCCAAAUGACUCAAAUGAUUAAAAUGCGCCCUGAGCAGCUGAUGAUUUUGUUCUCUCUUUUUUUUCUAUUGACGUCAUUAGAUUUGUGUGACAGCUAGAGUUUCCUUGAUUUUCCUUUUUAAUAUAAUCGGCCCCUGUCGCAAUGAGAUUUUAUGGGAAAAUCAUUGAAUUGGCAAGGCUGUGUAUUUUAUCGUGAAUUACUUCACUUGACGGAGAAUGGAGGUGGUGAUGAGCUGGGGAUGAUGACUGAGUCGGUGUGAUCUCUGUGCUUCUCCUUCUAUGAUACAGGAAGCUGUGGUUUCAUUCGUUAUGCAAUUAUUCUGCGAAGCACUUGAAUGCAACCCUCCCUGCCCCAGAGAGAAAUCGAUGAACGAGUGGUAUACGCUUUUGAUGUGAUUAUCCUACGUACUCAUUAGAAGUGUAAUAAACAUAAGUAGAGGAACGAGUAUGUGAACAUGUCGUUGUGGAAUUUUUGUCAUUUCAGUAGGUCAGUGAGACUAUUAUUUUUACGUGGAUAUUGUAAUUGUAGGAUGCACAUUUUUUUAAUAAUUUGUAAAUAUUUUUGGUUUUUAUGGGAAAUUUGAGAAAAUUUUUCGGUUUUCUAAUUUGAUGAAUUCCGGGGGUUGAUCAUAAAUUCAAAAAAUUCUGAAGUUUCUUGGAAUUUAUAUCGGGAUUCUAUAGAAAUUAUUUUGAUGUUUUAUAGGAAUUUCAUUAUUUUUAUUUGAUAAAAAUUUUAAUUUAAUAAUAAAUUGCAAUUGGUGCAAUAAAGACCAGAUAAUUAUCCACGCAAAGUAAUGAGUCUAUCAAUAUUACAAUCGCGUAUUUGUUUUCACACCGGAUUUUUGAUAAAUCAUUCAAAAUAUCAUCGGAACUUUGACGAUUACUUGUCCACCAAUUAAUUUGAAUCUCGUGGAAAAUGAAUUCGUACUUCCAUCCAGAAAUAUCAUUAGUUGAUUGAUAAACAGAAUCGAGAAGUUUGGGAAGAUUAAGUGUACAAAAUUAUCCUCGAAAUGUAAAAUUUCUUUAUUUUUUAUAAAUAAAAGAGGGGGUAGGAGUAAAGGGACAACAGACGCUCAAUGAAAUUUCCCAGCCCCUCGAAAUUGGAGGGGAAGUAACGAAUGAGAGAUAAUGAAAAUUGUAACGAGUACUUGGUGUGUACGAGUCUCGGUGUUGUAACUUUGAGUCUCAUCACCCACUGUGAUAGGACCAUUUGUCAUUCUUAUUUAAUAAAGGAGUAGAUAUUCACUUUGAACCCCAUGCAUAGAUCAUUCUCCGAUCGAGAUAAAUCCAUUCGUCCUGAGUAGAUACUCCAUAUAGCUAUUUUCCCCUUAAUUUCGCAUUCAAUUUGCUCAGAGAAUAGAACUACUUCUGACAAUGAAGAUUUACUCCACACACCAAAAUAUUCUGAUUUUUUAUAAAUUUCUGAGAAACGGUUGAUAAUUGUUGCAAUCGACGUGAAAAUGAACAUUUAUAAAAAUUCACAAAACUACAAAAAAUUUAGAGAAAAACGCACGAUUAGAAAAAUUUGAGGCAUUAAAUAUUAAUAUUUGAAUUCUAUCGACGCUCCGUCGGAAAUUAAAAAAAAAUAUGCAAAAUGAGAUAGUAUCGGCAAUAUCUCUUUAAAAUCGUAAAAUGUGAUCAAUAAUUUUUUCUGAAUAAGAGAGAGAAUUUUAAAUCGAAGGAAAUUAAAUUCAUGCAAUUUCCAGUAGAUUUAUGAUUUUUUUUGUCAAAAGCAGUUUUUUUCUUAGAGUGUGAAUGAAGAACGAUCUCUUGUUUCCCCAUCUCUGUGUAACAGUAGGAAUGUCCAUUCGUUUAAAUUUCCUGUAAAUUUCAACUCCAAACUUUUGUAAAGAUGGAGGAAGGAAUCCUCAAUGAGAAUAAAGGACUCCGUCUGAAAUCGAAUUCGCACAUAAUUGUGAAAAAUGUAGGAAUUUCGUGUAAUCCUUGGCGAUUAAGUCUCGGAGUUUAUCCUUUCGAGUAUUCUAAAUGAGAAGUGAGGGGAGAGGGGUGGAUUUUUGAGAAUGAGUGCGAUGAAUAACUGGGAAGCACAGAGGAUUAAAAAAAUAAAGGGCAAGGGGGCAAGGGAGGCUACGAGACACGUGGAAAUAUCCGAUAUUGAACCAAAAUUACCAGUAAUAAAUGAAAUGUCUAACUGACUGACAAUAUUGUUUAA